AAUUAAUCAUUUUCUUGACUUUAAACGGCAAUUUAAAUAACCAGCCAACUUAUUUUUUAGGGAUUCGUGACGCUGUCCUUGCGGGAAAUAUUGACAAUGCUAUUACAUUAACUAAUAGUUUGUACCCUGGUGUUUUACAAUCCAAUGAUGACAUUCUUUUCCAACUUCGGUGCCGUAAAUUCAUUGAGAUGAUAGGCGCUUGUGCAGGAACCCAAAUAACAUUAUCAGAUCAUGAAGACGCUAGCAUAAAGUUCACUGCUAUUGUCUCUCAAAGUGAUUGUGAAUCGGGAGAUGAGAUAGACGGUCCAUUGACUCCACCUAAAAAGAGAAGAGUGCCUAAACGGCGAAAAGUUGCUUUGGGUUUACAUGGAUUGGAUGAUGCAAUGACAGCAGUAUUAAAAUUUGGUUGCGAGUUGCAAGAUGAUUACCGUAAUGAUGAUCGCGAAGAGAUAAGGAAUGCACUUAAGGCCCAUGCUGUAGCAAUUGCCAUAGUAAUAAAAGUUGCACCUUUAAAUAUCGAUGGUACAGCGUGA